AUGAAGUCUUUCAUUCUCACCGGCCUCACGGCAUGCUCGCUCUUUUCAACAGCCUUAGCAAACGCCUGUCCGAAUCCUGUUAUCCUCCCUGACAAUGCUUUCAAGAAUCGGCAACUAUACGCCACUCCAUACUACGCUGCCAAAGUUGCAGCAUCAGUCAAAAACAUUGCGGAUCCAGACCUUGCCAGAAGGGCUGCAAUGAUUGGAGAUGUUGGAACCUUUAUGUGGAUUGAUCAGAAGGCAGUUAUCCCGACCAUAGAUGCCAUGAUCAAAGGCGUUCCUUGUACGCACAUCAUCGGUCUUGUUAUCUACGAUCUUCCAGGUCGCGACUGUGGUGGAGAUGCUUCCGGUGGAGAGUAUGACACUGGAGAACUUGAUCGUUACAAGGCUGAGUACAUCGACCCUCUUCGAGAGAUCUUUCUCGCGAAUCCAAACACUGCUAUUGCUCUAGCGAUAGAGCCCGAUUCUCUCCCUAAUGCGAUCACAUCUUUGAUUCACCCAAGAUGUGCCGCUUCAGUACAGGAAUACAAAGAUGGCAUCGCCUAUGCGCUCAAACAAUUCGAUCUUCCGAACGUUGUUCAGUACAUUGAUGCAGGCAACGGAAACUGGUUGGGGUGGGAUCCAAAUGUUGCACCUGCUGCCAAGGUCAUCGCCGAUGUUUGGAAAGCCGCUGGAAAGCCGAAAUCAUGCAAAGGUAUUGUAACAAAUGUCUCGAACUGGAACGCAUGGUCCAUGAAUCCAGGAGAAUUCGAGAAUUUCAAGGAUGCACAAUACAACAAAGCGCAGGAUGAGAAGCGAUACAUCCACAUUCUCGGCGAGCAGCUUGCAGCCAACGGUAUGCCAAAUCACGCCAUUGUUGAUACCAGCCGCAAUGGGCGCGUGGGGUUGCGCACCUAUGGUGGCAACUGGUGCAAUGUGAAGGGCGCCGGCUUUGGAAUUCGCCCUACUAGCGAGACAGAUGAUGAUCUAUGCGAUGCUUUUGUCUGGGUCAAGGUUGGUGGAGAGAGUGAUGGUGGUAGCGAUCCUUCACUCCCUGGAUACGAUCCAACCUGCGCCAAUGCUGAUGGUAAGUGCAAACAUGCAAUGGUCUACAUCGUGCUGAUGACUAGUGUCUUGAUUUACNNAGCCUUCAUCCCCUCUCCGCAAGCCGGAGCAUGGAAUCAAGCCCAAUUCGAGCAGCGUAAGUGA